GCUCAGGGCAGCCCGGGACUCCUCUGCCAGCACCAUGGUGAACUGGACGGCCGAGGAGAAGCAGCUCAUCAUCGGCCUCUGGGCCAAGGUCAACGUCGCCGAGUGCGGCGCCGAGGCCCUGGCCAGGCUGCUGAUCGUCUACCCCUGGACCCAGAGGUUCUUCGCCUCCUUCGGGAACCUGUCCAGCCCCACCGCCAUCAUCGGCAACCCCAUGGUGCGCGCCCACGGCAAGAAGGUGCUCACGUCCUUCGGGGAAGCCGUCAAGAACCUGGACAGCAUCAAGAAAUGCUUUGCUCAGCUGAGCAAACUCCACUGCGACAAGCUGCACGUGGACCCCGAGAACUUCAGGCUCCUGGGUGACAUCCUCAUCAUCGUCCUGGCUGCCAACUACGGCAAGGAAUUCACCCCCUGCCAGGCUGCCUGGCAGAAGAUGGUCCGUGUGGUGGCCCACGCUCUGGCCCACGAGUACCACUGAGCCUCCAGGGAGCCCGGAGACACUCCCGGGGAAUCCUCCUCGGGUUCUGCUGGCCUCUAAUCACCAAAUAAACAGCAGCUGCUCCACCACC